AUGACAAACACGAGAGAUUCGAGUUUACAGCCGUUGCCAGUAUACCCUUUAGAGGAGCCGCCGCUCAGCAACGAGCCAGAACCGUUUGAUGAUCCAAGUAAUUACGAUCCAGAGACGCCAAUUGCGAUAGACUUUGGAUCUUAUGAGGUUAGGGCUGGGUUUGGGUCGCAGGAAGAGCCAUCGCAUGUGUUUCCCACGAAGAUUGUGCGGUAUAAGGAGCGUAAGAUUCAGAAGGCAUUGACUUUCAUUGGGAAUGAUUGUAGCCUUGACAAUGCGGUGAGAUCUCACAGUCGGUCGCCAUUUGAUGGAUCUUUGAUUACCAAUUGGGAGUAUGUGGAAGAUAUGCUAGCGUACACGUUUCAUCACUUGGGGGUGCAGGGUGAGGACCGGGUUUCGAAUCCGAUUAUUUUGACGGAGAAGAUGGCGGCACUUCAGGCGCAAAGGUCUAAUUGGUACCAACUUCUGUUUGAAUGCUAUGGGGUUCCCCAGGUGACGUUUGGUAUUGAUGGUUUAUUUUCGUUUUAUGCGAAUAACCCGCAGGGAAAAGCGUCUGGAUUAAUUAUCAACAGUGGACACGAGGACACCAGUGUGAUACCGGUUGUGCAGGGCCGAGGUAUUCUAUCCGAGGCGAAAAGGAUUGAUUGGGGUGGCAACCAUUCCAUAGGGUACCUCAAGAGUCUUUUGUCUUUGAAAUACCCCUACUUCCCAGCCAAGUUGAAUGAUUACCACUUCCAGUCGAUGUACCAAGACCAUUGCUACUUUGCAAACAAUUACGAGGAGGAGGUGAGUAGCAUGUUUAAACUUGAUGUUCUUGAGAAAAAAGACGUUGUGCUCGAGGCUCCAUUCACAGAGGUUAUUCAGCCACAGAAGACGGAGGAAGAAUUGCGAAUCCAAUCGGAGAAGAGGAGGGAGACCGGGAAAAGGUUACAAGAACAAGCAAAGCAAAGAAGACUGGAGAAGUUGAGGCAAAAGGAGGAAGAAUACCAGUACUAUAUCAAUAUUCGCGAGGAGUUGCGCGAUCAACCAAAGAGACAAGUUCUAAUAACGCUUCAAAAUGCAGGUUUUGAGGACGAACGCGACUUCGAAGACUACAUUACCAACCUGGAGAAAGUUUUGAAAAGGAGUAGAAUAUUAGAUGUUGACGACGACGAACAAGACGAUUCUAACUCCCAGGAAUCAAAGUUUGACUUGGUUGACGUCCCUGACGAGGAAUUGAAUGAUGAACAAAAGAAGGAGAAACGUAAACAGAGACUCUUGAAAGCUAAUCUCGAGGCUAGACAAAAGGCCAAGGAGGAAAAGCUACAAAUGCAAAAAGCUGAAGAAGAGGCUAAAGAGCGUGACAGACAAUGGAGAGAACAAGAUCUACAGGGAUGGAUCAAAGAUAAAAGAGCUAAACUUGCUAAGCUAAUCAAGAGCAGAAAGGACAAGCUUAAGCUAAAAGAAGAAAUGAAAGAUCGUAAGUCUCAGGCUACACAAAGAAGAAUGAAAAAUCUAGCUUCUUUAGCGGAAGAUAAUAUUGGAGUGGGGAAAAGAUCAAGACAGGCUACCAUUGAUAAUGACCCAAUGGACACUUUCGGGGCUAAUGAUGACGAUUGGAUGAUUUAUAACGAUAUCUCUAUAACCCCAGAGGCUCUUGACGAAUCUAUCGAAGAGGAAUACAGAGACAUCGUUGAACUCGAAAAAGCACUUUUGGAAUUUGAUCCUUCAUUCACAGAGGAAGAUACCUUGGAUGCUCAAUAUGACUGGAGGAAUUCCAUUCUUCACCUCUUCUUAAGAGGUCCGCGCCCACAUAACAGUGAAGACGUUCACCAACAACAUCAGCUUCAUUUAAAUAUAGAGAGGAUACGAGCACCAGAGAUUAUUUUCCAACCUUCUAUGGGUGGUCUGGAUCAAGCUGGUGUUGCAGAAUUGGCUGAAGAUCUACUCACUAAAAAGUUCGGAUCUGUACCAAGUAAACUUUCUCAAACUUCUUUGGACAUGGCCUCCAAUGUUUUCAUAUCAGGAGGGAAUGCAAAAAUACCGAACCUCCGUCAACGUAUCGUGAACGAGUUUACUGAGUUUUUGCCCGUGGGUACACCACUAAACGUUAACUGUGCCAAGGACGUUUCAAAAGAUGCAUGGAGAGGAAUGGCCAAGCUAUCUAGGAGCGAUUACUACAAGGAUACCUACGUCACCAAAAAAGAAUACGAGGAGUUUGGUACGGAAUAUAUAAAAGAACACAACCUUGGAAAUGUUCAAUAUGUAGACUGA